UGAUCCCCUCCAUAACCUUACCUUUGCAAGUCACAAGGUGGCGCUUCACGUUAUACUUCAGUCAUUUGACUCGAGCUGUAUCCGUGGUGCUGAAAUCACACUGUAUUCUGCAAAUACACAGCCGACGUUCAACAUGUAUUCUCCACGUGGUGAUGGUGUUACGUUAUGGCCACGUAAAUAAAUGGGCUGCGCCGUGUAAUUACAUUUUCAAAUAGGCUAAAGUAGGCUAAGGGUAUCUAUCUGCUACUGAUUUAUCAUUAUCAAGCCUGAAGUCGUUCAAACCGAAGAAAUGGAAGAAGAGCGAAAAUCCUCCAAACAAUAUGGGUCUUUGGAACGAAGCAAAUUGGAUGGAAAAGCCGAUAAGAAGGAGGAAGACAUUGUCUCAAUGGCGGACUCCACCAUCACAAUAGAUCACAUUGAAGGGGAGCUUUUCAGAAUCGAGCGGAUACGGGAUGUUCUAGUACGGAGGGAAUCAGAACUAAGAUACAUGAUGGACGACAUUCAGCUUUGUAAGGAAAUCACACGGCUGAAAAAAGAACUUCAGAAGCUAGUGUCUGUUUCAGACACAGACAAAUCCAAUGAGGACCGGCAGAGGGAGGAGGAACUGCUGCAGCAGAUCCACAAGCUGGUGGAGACCAGGGACUUCCUGGUGGAUGACGUGGAGUUUGAGAGGCUCAGGGAGAGAGAGGAGGACAAAGAAAUGGCUGAUUUCUUGCAGUCUAAAUUCCCAAAGACCUCGAAGAAAAAAGACGUCACCUCCAAAGCCCAGCAGACUUCGUCCACUCCCUUCGUCACCAAAACCGGUCUCACCCUUCUGAAGGAGUGCUGCGGCUUCACAUGCUCUGUCAUGUAGACUCCCUGCCCUGUGGAGAGACAGAGACACUUUGUUGGUUUCUGGAUGGGGUUAUUUGUGUUGAGCGGGCAGACAGCGCUCUCAUACUUCGACUAUAACCCUAAACAUAUGUACAGUGAUGGUUGGGACUGUGUUCCCAUCAAUGAAUCUAUUGCUGGGUCAUUGCACCAAUUUAGUGCAUUUUGAGAAGUGUAACUUGGUCAAAAAAAAACUUUCGAUUUCAUCACAUUUUUACAUUCUGUCAUAUAAAUGACUGAGUCAAGUAGGCUAUAUAUAUAUGACAUAUAUAUAGCCUACUUGACUCAGCCAAGUCCAUAAAUCAACACAUAUCUUCUUCAUCCCCAUGGUUAAAAUAAGUCUUCUGGUCUGUGACCAUGUUUCAAUUAACAAACAGAGGUACUAUCCUUUGGACAGAGUGAAAAUGACAACAGAACGUUUCCAUUCUGAUACAUUCUUUUUAUCUGUAGCAAAUGUGGGUCAGCUCCUGGAAAUGACUAUCUGGCCACCCUUGGAUGGUUGGUGUAUAUUACAAAUAAGGAAAGCUGUCUGUAAAACCUGUAGUGUGAUUUGACACGGUGAGUGACUACGUUUAAAAGCUCUGCAGCAGGAGAGUCAUUGAGCACCAGGUUAAUGGCAAUUAUCUUAUUCAAAUAGACCCUGUCCAAUUAAAGUAAUUAGACAGUAUUAUGUGUAGCUAUGACUGCAAUUAUCCCUCUUUAAUGCAUUAGAGCUUGACACUUCAUUCCCAUGGGCAUUGUCUACACAGCUAUGACUAGCAAACCUCACUCUGUCUCUUGGUGACAUUUUACAUGGUCACGGCUAACUAUGACACUGCUUAACCUUGCUAAAGGCCACUGCUUGCUUGGCUUCCAUGCCAGGUGAAAAAAGGAGCUAAAAUAGAUCCUCCUCUCUGUCAUUUGGCCCCUUGGUAUCUCCCCUCUGGACUAGCUACUUUACUAUGGUAGCUACCCUGUUAUUAGCUGUGUCUGAUUCCAGGAAAGUCACCAGAAUUAUAUUCAGCUCUCUGCUUUCACAAUUGUAAUAUUAUUUCAGUUUCAAAUGCCAUGUUUUGCUUUUUUUGUUCCCCAUUACCUUCUAUUAUGCUGAUUGGUCUGAUGGGAAUUUCUGUUGUUUGCAAUUUGCGAUACUUGUACAUUUUUGUGACAGUAGAGGUAAAUGUGUGAUAGUGAAAACCAUGUACUGUGAACGUGGCUUUGACAAAUAUCUCAGAGUAUCAAGGACAACUUUCCAAGCAGAAUGGAGAUCAGAAUUUCUCCCCUUUGAAUGAGAUAAUAUGCCUUGAAACCAACUGUCUGCUGCUUAUUCUAUUACAAAACACUCUUUAACCUGACAUCUAUCAAUGAGCACAGUCUGCUCAAUGUAACAGCUCAUUCACAAUGCUCUGUAUGUUUGUUUAAUUGUCUACAACGGUUUAAUCCAAACUGUGUGGAAAACUGAACAUGUAUUUUCACAUUUAUGAUCCUAAUGGCCAUGAGAGUUGAUUGUGAUUAGGCUACUUGUUAUUAUGUUUUGUGGCUUAGAAUGUCAGAACUUCUGGUUGUAAAUAUUGUAUUGGUUUAGCGUGCUUGUCUAAUUAAAGAGUUGUAAUGUAGGUUUAUUCUAUGUAGAAUAAUAAUAUGUAAUGUAGGUUUAUUCUAUUAUUAAACCAUUAUUAUUAAAUAA